AACCCACGUUUCAAGUCUGCACGAGAGGAUUUAUCAGCUGAAGACUUUGACGCUGCCUCUAUAACGCUCAGGAUGAGGCCAUUGACAGACGAGGAGACGAAAACUAUGUUUGAGAAACUUUCUAAAUACAUAGGCGAAAACAUCAAACUUCUUGUGGAUCGACCAGAUGGUACCUACUGUUUCAGGCUUCAGAAAGACCGUGUGUACUAUAUGAGUGAGAAAAUCCUUAAGGUGGCUACAAGUAUCGCCCGUGACAAGCUUGUGUCUGUUGGCACCUGCUUUGGAAAGUUCACAAAGACGCAGAAAUUCCGCUUGCACAUCACGGCUCUGGACUUCCUGGCCCCCUACGCUAAGUUCAAGGUGUGGGUGAAACCUGGAGCGGAGCAGUCCUUUCUUUAUGGGAACCAUGUGCUGAAAUCUGGCCUUGGAAGAAUCACAGAGAACACAAUGCAAUACCAAGGAGUCGUGGUCUAUUCCAUGGCAGAUGUUCCCCUGGGCUUUGGAGUGGCAGCAAAGUCUACCCAGGAGUGUCGACGUAUGGACCCCAUGUCUAUUGUUGUGUUUCACCAGGCAGACUUAGGAGAAUUCAUCAGGAAUGAGGACAUGUUAAUAUAGACACGCCCAGGGUGUGUCACAAACAGGACUGUCGGACACUUUUUUUUUUUUCUAAGUACCCUUGCUUAACAAACCCAGGCUUCACUGUUAUGCAUCAGUCCACACCUGGGAGCUGUCCAGUUCAGCUGCCAUUUGUCUGUCUUUGGCUACUGGCCUAUGGGCAGCCCAGUGGUUAGCACUGUUGCCUCACAGCAAGAAGGUCCUGGAUUUGAACCCAGGCCAUCCCAGGUCCUUUCUGUGUGGAAUUUGUAUGUUCUCCCUGUGUAUGCGUGGGUUUCCUCCCACCAUCAAAAAGACAUGCAUGUUAGGGUUAAUGCUCCCGUUUGUGCCCCCGACCAAGGCAAUGGAAAGAAGAACUGGAGUUGAUCCCCGGGUGCUGCACCUGUCCACUGCUUGCGCUGCCCACUGCUCCUAUAUCAUUGCAUGGGUUAAAUGCUGAGAACAAAUUCAUUGUAACCUACAAUGACAAAAUAAAGUGGCUCUUUCUUCUACUAAGUAGCUCCUCAGGAGUAAAUGACUGCUUUGCUUACAGACAUGUUGGUAGAAGAGGUCAAGAAUUGCUCCUUAUUUACAAAGCUGAUUGAUUCAUUCAACUUUGAGCUACUUCUCUCCCAAAAUUUACAAGAAUCUGACGUACGCUAUUGCCAGUGAGUCGGUGACUGGGAGAGUGUAAAUAGACGUGUAAAGCAUUCAGCAUUCUCCCAAGGCAUCCCCUUCAUGCUGGCUUUUGUCAAGACUUGAGGAAAUGAAGUUUCCUUUAUUAAUCCCCUUGGGGAAAUUCAGGUCCUGCAAAUUAACCCAUCCUAGCUGUGAUCUGUGUAGCUCGGAGCAGUGGACUGCCACCUUCAUGCUGCGCCUUGGGACCAACUCCAGUUCUUUUCCCAUUGCCUUGGUCAGGGGAACAGACAGGAGUAUUAACCCUAACAUGCAUGUUUCUUUUUGAUGGUGGGGGAAACCAGAGCACCCGGAGAAAACCCACUGCAGACACGGGGAGAACAUACAAACUCCACACAGAGGACGACCCCAGGACCUUCUUGCUGUGAGGCAACAGCACUAACCACUGGGCCACCAUGCCCCCAUGUGAUUGUUUCUCCAACUGUAUUUCUUGUGUAAAUGAAAUGUACAUUGUGUUAAUUUCUGUGCAGUCAUGAGUUUCAUGUGAUUUCAUCUCCAAAAUCUACAUUAUCCUUUUAUAUUUGUUUUUUUUAUCCAAUAACUUGUUAAACUAAACUGCAGCUGAAUUGCAUAAAUCAGGUGUUUUCAAAGUAUAAAAUAGUGAGCCUCCCAUCAGAGAACAUCAAGUCACCAGAGCCCUCCCCCAUUUUAAAAGUGUUGCAACCAUAAAGAGUUUGAAAAUGUUAAUUUUGAACCCUCCCAAUACAAAUUACCACAUAAAUCAAUAAGUCGUUAAGAAUUAGUGUAUAGGUCAAUGCCUAUUUGUGCAUGUUUCUGAACUAAAAGAAAGUUGAACACAUCUGUUAUCUUUUAACACAGAAUGAAGACCGUGAAAAUGUACACAACCCAUUGGUGCACAAUGCUGAAUAGAAUACAGAAUACACUUGAUUUGUCAUUUGUACAUACUUAACAAUGAAAUUCACUCUGCAUUUAACCCAUCUUAGAUGUGUAGCUAGGAGCAGUGGGCAGCCGCCUUGCUGCUUCCCAACACCAUGCUGAAGGGCUUAACCUGACCUGUCAAGUAAAGUUUAAAAUACACUCUUGGGAAAACACACAUUGUUUACUCUUUUUAACCCUACCAUGGAUUGCUUGGCGCAAAGGCGGGCCCGGUCCAAGAAAAUCCCAAUUUUGAAUAUACAUUGUCUUACUGCUGCUGGGUUCAGACAGAAGUACACUUUAAAAACCAUUGAUAUAAACCAAUAUGGUUGUUUACUGUGUAAGACUGAGAAUUUGUUUUUACACUGAAUUUAAGAUGGGGAUCAAAGAAAUAAUUCAGCUAAGAAAAUCAAAGAAAGUUGAAUCAGUUCAUCUGGACACGUUUGACAGAUGCAUUUAAUCACUCAUCUAAGUGACCUCUUCAGUCUAAACUGACUGCAGUUAUCCCACCCUUAUAAACGAUAUGGUGGCAUAACGACCGAAAACAAUCAGUUUCAUAAUGCAAACUGCCGUGAGCAUUAACUAGAGUUACAACGGCAAUGUGUACUAUUCACAGAGGAUUGGGGAAUAGUUGUAAUCAACGCAGUGUAAGAUGGCGACAUAUGUACUCUUAGUGCCCCCCCCCCCCCAGUCGUUCCUUCUUCACAUUGAUGGUCUCUGACUCCCCGUUCAAACCAGCAUUCCUCGCUAUCAAGGAUGUAUGCAUGUGUGUGGGGGGGCUAAUCUGUCGCCAUCUGUAUAAAAGUAAGGCCUGUGUUUAUUUCUAAUAGUCAGCUAUCCUUUGAGAUCAAUACCAAUGUCAAAGAAGGUUGAAUAAGUUCAUCUGGAUAAACGUAUCCAGAUGGAACUGAUUCAACCUUAUUUGAUUUUCUUACCUGAUUAUUGAGCAUGCGUCAAGACAAUACUAAUGGUAGCUAAUAAAAACUAAUG